AUGAAGCUGGGGGCCAGAAAUGGCCCAAGACAGACUCAAACCCCAGCUCCUGCAGUAGCCUUUCAGAAUAUUGGUUGUUUGCUCAACACACUCUGGAAACUUAACAGCGUCACUGCAUGCAAAAUUUGGCACCAGCAGAGAGAAUGAGAAUGGAUGUGGCUCACUGACAGGCACACAGCUUUGUAUUUUGCUGUCGUACAAGCACAUGUUGGGCUCACAUCCGACACAAAGAUGGACACUACAGAUGACAACCACACAGAGGGGAUAAAGAUGGAGAUAGAGAAUCAGCAAAUUGUAGAGAAUGACUGUUUUUCCACCUUAUCGGAUAAAACGCAUCAACAUCUGUUGAUCAGUGAAAGGCCGUCGAGCAGCUGCAGGAUGGUCAGAUUAAGAUCCAGACCCGGUCUCCAGUCAACAAAAAGCUUCCCCCCUUAUAGUCAGUGCAUAGGUGGACUGGGAGAGGACGAGGACGAGGAUGAUCAGGACAAUUCAGACAUGGCUUGCCAGUCAAACGCCACAAAUGUGAAGGAAGACAAAACAGAAGAACUUCAAAGCACAGAACAAAACAAAGAGCUGACUACAAGAUCUCCAAGGGACUGGCUAAAGGCAAAAUGGAAACCUAGGAGGAAGGAGAGGUCGGGGGGAAGCUUUGAGGUCGACGCAGACAGCUGCGAGAGAGGAAGGUGGAGUGGGAAAAGAAGGGUGGAGGAGACUGAAAAAAAAGAGGAAUUUGAUGAUGAUGACGAUGAUGAAGGAUGUGCAAAUGCUGAGGGAAAACACUGGAGAGGUAGAAACUCCAGCUUUGAGAAAGUGAGGAAAGAAGAGGAGGAAGACGAAGAUGGGAGAUCGACUAUUUCAGCAGUAGAAGGAGAUCCAAAGAGCAGCAGGGAGACCCCAAAAAGGAAUGAUGAGGAGGAACUGCCAGGAGUGACAGAGGGGUCCACAACACAACAGUGGUCCUCCCCACAUCCUAUCCUCUCCAAGCUUCUGCACUCUUCCACCUCCUCCUCCUCUUCCCUCAACCUUUCCUCCGCAGAGAGCGACGAGGUCUUCAGUGAAGGAGAGGAUGCUGGGUCAAAGAGGAAGACAUUCAGGAAGUGCCGCUCCUGGAAAACCUUCCUGACCAUGAUGCACUGGUCUAUGAGCCGGCAGAGCUCCUGGGUCCAGCUGGCUGGACAUCAAGGUAACUUCCAGGUCAGUAAAGGAGGCGAGGUGCUGAAACUAUACAGUGAAGUGGAAGCAAACUGCCUGGAUUGCCUGAUGAGAGACCCGCUGAGACCCUUUGUCCCACAGUAUCAUGGCUUGGUAACAAGAGGGGAGCUCUGCUAUAUCCGCCUGGAGGAUCUGCUAAGUGGCCUGAAGAGGCCCGUCAUCAUGGACUGCAAGAUGGGAGUCAGAACCUACCAAGAGGAUGAAUUAGUCAAAGCUCGUGUCAAAGCUCCUCUGCGAAGCGACAUGUACCAGAAGAUGGUGAAAAUGGACCCUUCUGCUCCGUCAGCAGAGGAACAUGCACAGAGGGGAGUCACCAAAUGGCGCUACCUUCAGUGGAGGGAUUCAAUCAGUUCUACGUCCACGCUGGGCUUCAGGAUAGAGGGCAUUAUGAUGGAGGAUGGUAGCAUCCAGCGGGACUUCAGAAAGAUUCAGACUUUAGCUCAGGUCACUGAGGCACUGCUUUACUUCACCAGGAGCCAGCUGGACACUCUGAGAGCGUACCACUCCAGACUCCUGGCCCUGAGUGACGCACUAAAGAAUUCGCCAUUUUUCAGAACUCAUGAGGUGAUUGGCAGCUCGCUUCUCUUUGUCCACGACCACAGCAAGGCCAGUGUAUGGAUGAUAGACUUCGGAAAGACGACGCCUCUGCCUGACUCGCAGGAGCUCCGACACAACGUCCCGUGGUCUGAGGGUAGCAGGGAGGACGGCUACCUCAUCGGUCUGUCCUCUCUCGUCGCAUCUUUAGCCCAGGCCAUCAGUGUGGCCUCCUGGCAGCAGGAGGAGAGCUGUGAGGAGGAGCAAAUAAGCCCGUGA